AUGCACCUCAUCCCCAAGGAACUUGACAAGCUCGCCAUCUCGCAGCUGGGGUUUCUGGCCCAACGGCGUCUAGCACGUGGUGUGCGACUCAACCAUGCAGAAGCGGUGGCCCUCAUCUCGUCGAAUCUGCAAGAGCUGAUCCGCGAUGGCCACUAUUCCGUCGCCGAUCUCAUGUCCAUCGGCAAAACCAUGCUCGGGCGCCGGCAUGUUCUCCCAUCCGUGACAUCUACCCUCGUGGAACUGCAGGUCGAGGGAACGUUCCCCACCGGCACUUAUCUGGUAACGGUGCACCAUCCCAUCAGUAGCGAUGAUGGCGAUCUGGAAAGGGCGCUCUACGGUAGCUUUCUCCCCAUUCCUCCUGCCGAUGCGUUCCCCGACCCGAACCCGGAUGAUUACGAGCUGGAGAAGAUACCGGGUGCCGUUAUACCCGUGAAGAACGAACGGAUCAUCUUGAAUGAAGGAAGGAAACGCAUCAAGCUCAAGGUGAUGAGUAGGGGAGACCGGCCAAUUCAGGUUGGCUCGCACUACCAUUUUAUCGAGGUGAACCCGCAGCUGCACUUUGAUCGGCUCCGCGCAUAUGGCUAUCGUCUUGAUAUUCCCGCUGGAACGUCGGUUCGUUUCGAGCCCGGCGAUACUAAGACCGUUACUCUCGUAGAAAUCGCUGGUAAUCAGAUCAUCAAAGGAGGCAAUUUCCUUGCCUCAGGUAAACUUGACUUCAGUCGAGCGGAGGAGAUCAUGCUUCGCUUACAAGCCGAGGGAUUCGCUCAUAUUCCCGACCCGACUGCCGACACGGCUCUUGUUAGUCCGUACACGAUGGACCGAGAGGCCUAUGCGCGUAUGUUUGGGCCUACGACCGGAGAUUUGGUCCGCCUGGGCUUGACAAACCUCUGGGUCAAGGUCGAAAAGGAUUUUGCAUCGUAUGGUGAUGAGUGCAGCUUUGGUGGGGGCAAGAGCCUCCGUGAAGGCAUGGGGCAGUCCUCCGAAAAGUCCUCCGAGGACUGCUUGGACACGGUUAUCACCAAUGCAUUGAUCAUCGAUUGGUCCGGUAUCUACAAGGCGGACAUUGGUAUCAAGAAUGGCAUAAUUACUGGCAUUGGCAAAGCUGGAAACCCAGACGUUAUGACUGGGGUCCAUCCUGCCAUGAUUGUAGGCUCCUCAACCGACGUGGUGGCUGGUGAGAAUAAAAUUGUGACCUCCGGAGGCUUUGACACGCAUAUCCACUUCAUCUGCCCCCAACAGGCGGACGAGGCGAUCGCAUCAGGGGUUACGACUUUCCUGGGAGGUGGAACAGGCCCUUCUACUGGCUCCAACGCCACCACCUGCACCCCGGGUGCCACUCACAUGCGGCAGAUGAUCCAGGCUUGUGACGGCAUCCCACUCAACGUCGGCAUAACUGGUAAGGGGAAUGACAGCGGGGGUCGGAGCAUCGAGGAGCAGAUUAUUGCAGGUGCAGCUGGAUUGAAAUUACACGAGGAUUGGGGAUCAACACCUGCUGCCAUCGACACUUGCCUCGAUAUUUGCGAACAAUAUGAUGUGCAGUGUAUGAUUCAUACUGACACCUUGAACGAGUCCGGCUUCGUGGAGCAGACGAUUAAGGCUUUUAAGAAUCGCACAAUUCAUACCUACCAUACGGAAGGAGCUGGUGGUGGCCAUGCGCCUGAUAUCAUUUCUGUGGUGGAGCAUCCCAACGUUCUCCCUAGCAGUACCAACCCGACUCGCCCCUUCACUAUGAACACGCUGGAUGAACACUUGGAUAUGUUGAUGGUGUGCCAUCACUUAUCCAAAAACAUCGCCGAGGACGUCGCGUUUGCUGAGAGCCGUAUCCGCGCUGAAACAAUUGCCGCUGAAGAUGUUCUCCACGAUAUUGGAGCUAUUAGUAUGAUGUCAUCAGACUCUCAGGCCAUGGGCCGCUGCGGCGAGGUUAUCUUGCGAACUUGGAACACAGCCCAUAAGAAUAAGGAGCAGCGGGGCCCGUUGAAGGAGGAUGAAGGCACUGGCGCUGAUAAUUUCCGAGUUAAGAGGUAUAUCAGCAAAUAUACUAUUAACCCGGCUAUUGCCCAGGGCAUGUCCCACUUGACUGGUAGUGUGGAGGUUGGCAAACUUGCUGACCUAGUUAUCUGGCAACCUAACUAUUUUGGGACCAAACCGUCCCUUAUUAUGAAGAGUGGAAUGAUUGUGGCGUCUCAAAUGGGUGACCCUAACGGUUCUAUCCCCACUAUUGAGCCGAUUAUAAUGCGGCCACAAUUCGGAUCCUUUGUCCCCAGCCUCUCCGUCAUGUGGGUCUCCCAGGCUUCCAUCGACUCCGGUACCGUCCAGAGCUACGGCAUUAAGAAGCGUAUUGAAGCAGUCAAGAACUGCCGAACUGUUACAAAAUCCGAUAUGAAACAUAACGACGUGAUGCCGAAGAUGCGAGUCGACCCUGAAAGCUACGUCGUCGAAGCAGAUGGCAUGCUCUGCGAAGCCCGUCCGGCGGAAAACUUGCCUCUUACCCAGGACUUUUUUGUCUAUUAA